AUGUCUGGCCAGGACCCUGAGGACUUUGGAGCAGAAAUCCUGUCAGAAAAAUCCCGGAUGAUCCCUGGGCUGCCCCCAUAUGACAUGGAUGAGCAGCUCCUUCCCAGGGAGCCCCGCAGCCCCUGGUGCUGCCUGGCCUGGACCCUGGUGAUAGGAACCAUGAACUCCCUGGUCUUCCUCCUGAAUUUGCUCCUGAUGUUUGUCAUUUUCACCGUCGUGCUGCUUCCUACCAUCGUGGUGGUUUACUUUGGCUUCCAGUGCCACUCCCAGGUGCUGCACUCCUCUGCCCGCUACUGCAAGAGCAUCCUGGACGACAACAGCUCCUCUGCCCUCAUCAUCCUGGGCUUUGUCAUCAUGUCCCCGCUGCUGGUGGUGGCCAUGGCCAUUUACUGCAGCCUGGCACGGCGCCUGCAGCUCCUGGUGUGCUUCCAGCCCUACAGCCUGGCCCUGUACAAGGGGGGCCGCUGGUGCCGCCCUGGGGAGGGGGCUCCGUGCUGUGCCAGGGGCUGCAGCAGCCAGCUCAAGGCCUGGGUGUGACCCUGCAGCUGCGGCAGUGUCCCCUCCCUGUGCC